AUGUUGCCAAAUCGUGAUCGAAAUAAGGUUAAAAAUGAUGGUUAUUUACCGGACCUAGGAGAAGUUAUUUCCCUCUUACAGCUAUGGUCCAUCGUCAAGGCAAUGUUAAUAGCAACAGAGCAGUUUGCUGUAAUUUUAAUUAAAAUAUUUAAAAAUGUCGAUGCAUCAGUGAAAACAAUUGCUGAUGUGCAAAAAAGUAUUGAAACAAUUUUAACAACAGAAAUGACAAGUAUCAUUGAUUCACAACAACGACAAGACAAUCAUUUUCGACUCGAUAUAUUACGAGAAGAAUUAAAUAAUGGUUAUAAUGUGGCAAAUGCUGAAAAGGCUGAACUAUUACUACGUGAAUUGGCUCACCGUAAUUGCACGGUUGCAUGGUUUCUACAAUCAAUUACAGAAGUCAUUCAAGUUCAGACAAAAUCAAUUCGUCUCUUUGUCGUACAAGAUGCUCGUCGAUAUGCCUGCUAUGAUACGGAUUUGAAUGAACAUAUUCAGGCAUAUUCAAGAUGUUUAAAUCAAAUAGUAGUACAAUUGGGUAUCAGUGAAAACAUUAUAUUAACGUCACAUGAACAGUUGGAGCAAGAAUAUGCACAUCGUCAAGAUUUAGAGAUGUUUAUUAAACAACGAGCUGAAGUGUAUUCAGAUAAAUUUGAAAAAUUUUCACAACCAUUUUUUCAAGCAAAAUCAGAUUUAAUGUUUUGUACAACACGGCAAAAUUUUCUCGCUUUAGCUGAUAAACUGUCAUUGAACAGUAACAUAUCUCAACUGAUCGAGCCAAUAUUACAUAGUCGUUAUCAUCCUGAAUUAGCUGAUGCUCAACUCUCAUCAAUUGAUGAAUUGAAAAUCUUAGCUCAAAUCUAUCAACCUCAAGUUGGUGAUACCAAUCGUGAAUUAUUAAGACAACAUCUGUUAUUUUCAUGCUUAAUCAAUGCAACUAGAUACAUAUGUUCAUAUGAAUCACAAACAUCAGCAAAAAAUGACUACCAGUUGGAUGAUAUACAAUUUUUACUACCGGGUACAGUUCGACUAAGUAUCCAUAAUAAGCCAUCGAAUUGUGAACAGUUUUUAAUCAAAUGUGGUACAAAUUUGCAUCGACAACCAUGGCAUUGUACAGCCGGCUUAAGAUUAAGGAAAAAUAAACGACAACGCUCAAUGUCAUUUGAAAUUCGACUGAGUUUCGAAUAUAAAGUGGAUAAAUAUAUUCCAAUAUUUAUUAAAAAAGAUUCCACAACAAAUAACCGUCAUCAUGAUCAUUUAGCAACAUUAGCACGCAUCGAUCAGCCGAUUCUUUGGAUUCAUUCAAAUUUAGCUCAACUAUAUGUUAGCGACGACAAUGAUCUAAGCAGAAUCUUUGACAAAGCAAAUAAAAUUCGGUUGAUUUAA